AUGGAUAAUCUCAAGGAAUUACUUGCACCAAAAACAUUUCACAGAGUCAGCCAUGCCGCAGUUGUUGUUUGGAUUCUAAUCGGUGUAAUCUUCCUUGGAAUUUUUGCAGACGCAGAAAGCAGCGAAUCCAGGUAUGAUUUCCGCUGUGGCGGGGCAAACAGUGAAAACAUCGACCUUGUACGUGGAAGAUGUUUCGAGUUAUACGAGAAGCAGUAUAACAAACACGAUGUUGCUACCUAUGGCUUCCUAACCAUGAACUUUUUCCUCAUUGCAACUGUCUGUGCUAUUUACUCCCAAAUAGCGAGCCCUACAGUCGAUCGACUGUCGCGAAGCGCUCGGAACGAUGAUCUCGAGAGACAGUCGCCCGACCAAGAGAAAGCUGGAAAAAAGCUCUUUAUCGCUUACUGCUCUCAGCUUGUCGCAAGGAUUGUUUUAGGAGUUCUCUUUAUGGUCCUACAAACUCAGGUUCUUUAUCCUCGGGACUUUCCCUCCAGCUUUUCUUGUCAUCUAACCUCUGAGGGGAAUCAGCCAAGGAAUUCUACUGGCGUUAUGCAAAACUCCACCUUAACCUUGCACGAGUGUCAUAAUCAGCGAGCAACUAAGAAAAACUCUUGGAUGCGCGCUGUUCUUAUCGUGAACGGAAUUUUUCUCUUUGGAAUUCUGAUAGAAACCGUCUAUAUUUUGCUACGUGCGUGGAAAGAAAACAGUUUCAUGAAAAAUUCAAACUUUCUAAAAUCUCACCUGAAUCCCUUCCAUGGCAACUCACAAAAUGCUACCACCGCGACCGCAUUAAAACCAGAUCCUCGGCAGCAAAAACAAAGAACGAAUCAUGAAACAAACCUCCCACGAGAACCUCAGAACCAAGAAGAAAGAACAGAGCAUGAAACGAACGUCCCACAAGAACUGCACCAGAUAAAGGAAAGUACAGACCAUGGAACGAACAUCCCACAUCUACCAAGCGAGCCUGAACAACUCCAAAAACCACGGCUUCAGGAAUUCAUCGAGGGUACAAAGAGAAUUAUUAAAGAUGAGACAAAUCAACCUCCCCAACUCCGGUCGCCUUUUUCAAGUACUCACGGCGAAGGACGCCCAGCUAAACAUUUGACUCUGGAUCAGAUUUACACAAACCUUGUCGUUGUUCCAGACAUGGCUAAUUAUGACUUUACUGGAGACAGACAGCAGAAACUCGAAGUCUACGCCAGAUCGGGUGAGAAAAACACAACACCUAGAGGGCCGGAGGACAUUAUUAACCACGAAAACAAAAAAGUGUUGAUUGUUGGUCGUCCCGGAAUCGGAAAGACACUUUGUUGUUCCAAAGUUCUCAGGGACUGGGCAUUUAACAAAGUAUUCCAUAAAACACCUGAUGCUAAACUCCAUUUUGAUGCUACUUUCUUCAUCAAAUUCAGAGCAUUCAACGCCGCAGCCGACCUAAGCCUCAGGGAACUGCUCACUUUGUCAGAACAUUCCCCCUCAAAACACAUGGAUGAUGAAGUCUGGAAUUACGUCCUUGAGAACCCCCAGAAAGUUCUUCUUGUUUUCGAUGGAAUCGAUGAAUUUAAACAGAAUUCAAAGAUCGGCGAGGAAAAUUUCGAUCCUAAAUUCAGAAACCAUGUAGACGAGAAGAUGCCCUUGUCUGCUCUUUACGAGAAGCUUGCGUCUGGGAAACUUCUCAACGGAGCUGCCGUUUUGACAACCACAAGACCUACGGCUUUGUCAUGCAUCGAACGUCUUUCUUUCGACAAAGUCUUUGAGAUCCUCGGCUUCUCAUCCGAACAAGUCGAAGAGUACGUAACCAAAUUUGCUGAAGAGGACAAGCAUGCGGGCGAAACAAUAUGGCGACACAUCGGCGGCAACAGGAACAUUCUCUCUCUAUGCUACAUUCCUGCGAGUUGCUUCAUCAUUUGCUCAAGUCUCUUUCAAAUGGUGAAGUUCUAUGGUUCUAAAAGUCUAAGCCUACCAACGAAAUUAACAGAUAUUUACAAGAAAGCUGUGAAAAUUUUUUUUACAAGGCCACAACAAAAGAAUUCCGUGGCAAGAAUUUCACCCGCGAAGACUUUGAAUCAGACGAUUUGCCCCCUGAAGUGGAAAAGAAAUUCGAGAAACUGGAAAAAUGGCAUUUGAAGGAAUUAAAGAAGGAAGGCUAGUCUUUGGAGGAAAUGAAGUACGCGGAAUGGAAGACAGCGCUCUUUUUCACCGCUUACUUGACCGUGAAACUGUUGCGUUAAAACGUGAACAACAAUUCUGUUUCAUCCAUUUAACAAUGCAAGAGUUUUUCGCUGCGAGGCAUCUAGCGAACAUGAGUGAAACAGAAUUGAGAAACUUUGUUUCAAUGAACAUCGAGGACGGCAAAUGGCAGCUGGUUUUUCAGUUUCUAGCAGGACUAAUGAACGAGAAAGAAAAACUACCGAGUGAAAUCAUCACAGACCUUCUUCCUGUGGAAACUGAAGAGAAAGAAAGCGAGUUCUACGACGAAGAGUGGCCAGAGGAUACGGAGCCAAGGAAAGUAAUGCGUUGGCCGACUGAAGACAAAAAACAUUUAGCAGUGACAUUAUUUAAAUGUGUUACCGAAAGCAGUGAGAUGGAGGAAAUAGUUCAGAGAAAACUACAGCAAAUUAACUUUACUUCGGUAAAUUUUGUUCGUUGUCAACUCACACCUGUUGAUUGUGCUUCAUUGGUUACUGUAAUUACGAAUGUUCAACAAAUUUCACAUUUAGGUUUGGCUUACAAUAACUUUGGUCCGUUAGGUUGUUUUGAAAUUUGUAAGUUGUUAAAAUGUAGUAAAUCUCAACUGAGCUGGUUACGCCUCGGAGGAAAUCAAUUGACAGACGAAGGAGCAAAGUAUUUAGCUGAAGCCAUCAACAACAACAACUGUCAGCUACGCACGUUAAACCUCUCAUCAAAUAACAUCUCACACGUUGGAGCAAAGCACUUGGCUGAAGCCAUCAACAACAACAACUGUCAGCUACGCACGUUAAACCUCACAUAAAAUAACAUCUCACACGUUGGAGCAAAGCACUUGGCUGAAGCCAUCAACAACAACAACUGUCAGCUACACACGUUAAACCUCUCAUUAAAUAACAUCUCACACGUUGGAGCACAGCACUUGGCUGACGCCAUCAACAACAACAACUGUCAGCUACGCUCGUUAAACCUCACAUAUAAUAACAUCUCAGACAUUGGAGCACAGCACUUGGCUGAAGCCAUCAACAACAACUGUCAGCUACGCACGUUAAACCUCACAAGAAAUAACAUCUCAGACAUUGGAGCACAGUACUUGGCUGACGCCAUCAACAACAACAACUGUCAGCUACGCACGUUAAACCUCACAAGAAAUAACAUCUCAGACAUUGGAGCACAGCACUUGGCUGACGCCAUCAACAACAACAACUGUCAGCUACACACGUUAAACCUCAGAGGAAAUAACAUCUCAGACAUUGGAGCACAGCACUUGGCUGACGCCAUCAACAACAACAACUGUCAGCUACACACGUUAAACCUCAGAGCAAAUAACAUCUCAGACAUUGGAGCACAGUACUUGGCUGACGCCAUCAACAACAACAACUGUCAGCUACGCACGUUAAACCUCACAAGAAAUAACAUCUCAGACAUUGGAGCACAGCACUUGGCUGAAGCCAUCAACAACAACAACUGUCAGCUACACACGUUAAACCUCACAGCAAAUAACAUCUCAGACAUUGGAGCACAGCACUUGGCUGACGCCAUCAACAACAACAACUGUCAGCUACGCUCGUUAAACCUCUCAUUAAAUAAC